AUGUCUGUUGAUAACGAAUCCUAUGUGCAAGUGCACGCUCUUCAAGCCGGUCGCCUCACGCUGCCAGAACGAUUCUUCGUACACCCUGCUUCAGAAAACGCAAAGCGAACAGUGCCCUCGCUAUCUUUUUUGAUUCAACAUGUCAGCUCAGCAAACAAAACUACACGAAUCGUUUUCGAUCUUGGACUACGCCAUCCAUCGGCCAAUUAUCCGAUCCCAAUUCAACGUCAUCUUGGGACCUGGCACCCCAUGACUACCGAACCCGAUGUUCUACAAAGUUUAGCAGCUGGUGGACUAUCGACAGAUGAUAUCGACUAUGUGGUAUACUCGCACGUCCACUGGGACCACAUCGGCGAUCCAAAUGCAUUCGAUAAAAGCACAUUCGUUGUUGGUCCUGGCACAUUGGCUCUGCUAAAAGACAUGUCACUUCGUGGAAGUCAUGCUUCUUUGGACCCUGGCAUGUUGCCUGUGUUGCGAACUAUCGAACUACCCCCUACAACGGGUGCCACGGGAAUAGACUCUUCUACUGAUAGAUCUGCCAACGAUGGACCUACGCCGGAUUUCAGCCAGUCAUGGAUACCGCAUGGGUCCCUUCCUCGGGUGAUCGAUAUCUUCCAAGAUGGAAGCGUCUUGAUAGUCGAUGCACCGGGCCAUCUCCCAGGACAUAUCAAUAUUCUCGCUCGCACGGGUCCGGGUAAAUAUACUUAUCUAGCUGGGGAUUCGUGCCAUGAUCGACGUAUCAUGAGAAGAGAGAGGGAGAUUGGAGAAUGGCAUGAUGAAAAUGGUCACAUCUGCUGCAUCCAUACAGACAAGGAGCAGGCUGAGAAAACGAUUGAGUUGAUUUUGCAGCUUGAGUCCGAAGGUGUUGAGAUCAUCUUGGCUCAUGAUGUCGAAUGGGAAGAGAAGUCAGAGAAUCAAGCUCGCUUUUUCGGGGCUAGUUAG